GGCCGCACUGGUGUCAUGGUAUGCGCCUGUUUGCUUCAUUUGGGGCUGGCCUCCAACGCAGCGGACGCUUUGCGAUUCUAUGGGGAAAAGCGCACUGAUGACGGUAAAGGUGUCACUAUCCCAAGCCAGCGCCGUUAUGUGCAGUAUUAUGAGACUUUGUUGCGGCACACUCUGGUUUACACCCGAACGACUCUCUAUUUGAGCGAGGUUUUCGUCAAGGGGCUACGCGUCCAGCCAGGGUCAGUGGUGGAUUUCAAAUUCCGCACCCGGUCGAUGCAUCACAUUCUUCCGAUUCACGCCUCUGAUACUCCUGUUCAUCGUCGAUCUGUUUCCCAGUCGGAUGCGUUGGAUUAUCCCCUCACCAGUCCCUCGACCACCAUCCUAACAGCGCCGUCUCCCAUGAGGGCUCAGGUUGACCCUAAAUCCCUCAGCUCCUGUCCCACCAACGUUGGUCUCCUUUCAGACCCCCUAAUUACCCUUGCAACGCUUUCCUCCUUCCCGGUGCAUGAUAACGUGGUUUACGCACGCGCCGAUCCAGACCUACCUCUCUCCGGUGACGUUUGUGUGAAAGUCAGCUUGAAACAACCGGUGCUGAACAAGAAAAUUUGCCGAAUCUGGUUCAACACCUUUUUCGUAACCAACUCCAUGAAGAAACCGGCUGAUGUGAGUUAUCCCACUUCCCCUGUCGGCAUGCAGCCAAUAUCUCUCCCCUGUUCGCAGUCAGCCGUCCGAGUGGAUGGGAGUCGAUCAAGGCCAACGGCAAGUGAACAGCAUCCUGCAUACCCACAGUCGAAUCUCGCCAGGGAUGCAAUAUCGAUUGAUCCCAAGAUUCGAACGAAUGGCCCCCAUCCCACCUGUAAUAAUUCCCUACCGAAUUCCCGAAACCGGACACAUUCUCAUCCGAGCAUCACUCCUCUUUCUGGCUACGUGUCAAAUUCGACCUGUGGCGCUUCCCCUAGAGCUGUUUCGCCAUCCACUACCAGAAAAAGGAUCGUGUUGCAACUAGGACGUUGUGAACUGGACAAAGUGAGCAAGAACCUGCUAUCAAGAGACUGUAUGGUACGUUCCAGAAUUGUUCAAAAUGGAUUUUAUUGUUUACUUCGCUGA